AUGAGGGCCAGGCUGAAGCCAUGGGGGCCACCUGACCGGGACUGUGUCAUCACCCGCCUCCCCAAGUGGUACACCCUCGAGGCCAGCCUGCAGCUGAAGGAACACUUCCAUGAGAAGGUCAGCGCCGCCUGUGAGCGCAGGGACGCGGGGACCGUCGGGCUCAGACUCUCCAAGGUGGUGGUUGUCAGAGACCUGUAUGUAGGUAAGACCAGCCUCAUUCACAGGUUCUGUAAGAAUGUCUUUGACCGUGACUACAAGGCCACCAUUGGGGCAGACUUCGAGAACGAGAGCUUUGAGAUUGCUGGGGUCCCCUACAGCCUCCAGAUCUGGGACAUGGCCGGCCAGAAGUUCAAGCGCAUCGCAUCUGCCUACUACCGGGGCGCCCAGGCCAUCAUCACAGCCUUUCACCUCUUGGACGUGCAGACCCUGGACCACACCAGGCAGUGGCUGGAGGACGCACUCCGGGAGAACGGGCCGGGAGCCAGUGCCAUCUUCCUGGUGGGGACCAAGAAGGUCCUAUUGUCAGGGGCAGCCUGUGCACAGGCUGAAGUGGAGGCCGUGCGUCUGGCCAACAAGAUGCAGGACGAGUACUCGGUGGCGUUGGUCAAGAUGGGGGAGAACGGGAGGGCGCUGUUCAGCUGCGUGGCCACCCUGGCCUUGGAGCAGUGGGUGCUGCAGGAGCUGGAGCGGAGGAGGAGCAGCGGCCGGCUCCAGGUCGGCGACGCUGGCCUGAUCCCAAUGGAAGGGACUCCACCUGAAGCCAAGGAGAGCCAAGGGCCUUCCAACCAGAACUGCUGUUUACCACCCAGCGCCAGUCCCCCACCUGGCCCACUGGGCAGCACCUGUGACCCAGGAGGGCGGCACAGAGCAGGGACUGAGACCCGGCCCUGCACCUUCCAUCCACUGCUCAGUCAGGCCCAUCCUCCCACAGGGGCGCUGUAG